AUGAGUCAAAAUUGGCGAGUAAUUGCGCCGGGUCGCAGGGAGAUGACGGGCUGCAUCGGUAAACUCAUCGAGGGUUUAGUAUCUGGCAGUGCGACCGGGCUCGUUCCACUGUUGGCAUUACCCGUGAGUGUGCAUAGUCACGAGGACCUAGAUGUUCUUCCGGGCGAAAACGUCGAAGAUGAAGAAGGCGACAUAUCUUGUACGAAACGGUCGCGGAAAACCGCACUACCACAAAAUCAUUCCAGCAAAGCUGCCCGAAUCGACCAUCACGAUAUGCACGAAGUUAUCCAUCUGGGAGAUUCCUCUCGUGUCAGAUCGUUGUCUAACAUGCCAUCCGAAAUCCAUUCUAGGAUAUUCGCGUGCUUAGACGACGUGAUGGAUGUCCUGCACUUUAGCCUUAGCAGUCGAUAUUUCUGGGCCGUCGGGCUCCUGCGUAUUGAGGAGCAUGUUGUUUGCUCCCUUGCUCCCUGGGCCGGUGAGCCUAUCAUCUGCAUAGACGAUCGCUGCGACCCAAGCAAUUAUCCUUCUGGGUUGCUCACUCCGGAACAAGCGACCGAGGUAAGAGAGUUGAACCAGGUCUUCGACUUGAAUUCGUUCUCGAUAAAGAAUUCAUACAAAAGGGUCGGAGGACUAUCACUAUCGCAGAAAUUGCAAGAGGCGUUUCUCGAAUACGAGUCGCAUUAUCCCAUGCCCGAGCUUGACCGUGUCGAGAUCACGAUGGGACUGAAGCGCGAGAUUCUCGAAUUUUACCCCCGCGACCAGACGUGGAUUUUACGCAACCUCACAACAAAGGAAUUUGUGAGAGGCGAGGCAAUUGCACUCCGAAAGGAAUUCAUUCAUGGGCCUCAAAUCGACGUGCUGGGGUUUGCGGAAAUUCUGAUUUCGAGGAUUUCGUGGUCGGAUGAGGUUGAGAAGAUUGGUCGAUUUGAUAUUACAUCUUUAUCACAAAUUGGUUGCGAGAAAAAGUUUGACUCGUGGAAGGAUGUAAGUAAUGAAAUAUUGAGAGAGCUUGAUUUGAUGAUCAGUGAGGAAACUGGGGACGAUUGGCGUGACCAGCUUGCAGAGCAACAUCAGAAGUCGGCGACUUCAGCCUUUUCUAGGUAUCUUUGA